GAAUCCUCCUCGGACCAAUUGAUUUCGGGCGUUUCAAGGUGUCGGAAGUGUGUCCUUCUCAGUUCGCGGUGGUUCUGUCCCCUGUACUUAUAGUGUCGUUCCGUGGAGGCAAUCUUCUCUACUUGUGGAAGUAUCCGUGCGUCGGUGUGCGUUUGUGUGGUCUGUUGGAAUUUUCGGCCAUUUCAAUUCGACGUGCCGGGGCCAAGUAAGGGAGUGUUGAGUGAGGGAAUUUGUGGAUAAUUGGCGUCGAGAAAGCUCGAUUUGCUGGAUUCUCGGAACUUGGACGGUUCCUGGAGGAUCUUUGUGCUAAACGCGACAGAGCGAUUGGAGUGUACGUGAAAAGCUUCGUGGAAUACGCAUUUCGUGGAAACUUGUGAGGAAGGAGGUGAAGUGAAAAUCUGUGGCGCCAGUGGGUGGGCUCAUUAAAUCCUUCUAGCUGUGGUGUUCUACUAGUGCAAGGUGAAAACAGUUUGGAUUUAUCAGGCUCUGUGAAGUCGGAAGAAGGCAAAGUUGACAGUCACCAAUACUACUGUACGACGUCUGAGCGAAGAUGAACAAACUAGGCCUUACGGUAAAGGUGCUGCUGGUACUGGCCCUAGUCGGUACGUUCGUAGCGGAUGCCAAGAAGAAGCCGAACAAGUACGGGGAUGGCGAUUUCGAGUUUGUCGAUGAGGAUGAUAAAAGCAAUCAGCAGCAGCAGUUGGACUCGAUUCAGAAGCAGCAACAGCAACAACUACAGCAGCAACAACAGCAACAGCAGCAGAUUCCCGAGAAGAAGAAAUGGAUCCACGACCCUUCCAGUGAUCUUUGCAAACCACUGAAUUGUAAAAAGAAAGAGCUAUGCUUACUGGAGGACGCGUACACGGCCGUUUGUGUUUCGAAGAAAGAGCUGCACAAAAAUAAAUUCAUCAACAGCUACAAUACGCUCUCCAACAGAGACGAAAUAAUCACCAAGACCAAAUACCUAGAGCAAGAGGAAGCCAAACGGAAAAUCGAGGCGGAGGCUGCCGAAUCGGGUCUGAUCAAUGGAGCCAGUAACAUUGGAAGCAGUGGAAGCAGCAGCAGUAGUUCCAGCAACAGCGGUAGCCUCGAUUCCAGUUCCAGUGAUAGCAACAUUGGCGGAAGCGGCAGUAGUAUCAGUUCGAACAGUGGAAGUAGCUCCAGCACAAAUAGCGAAGGAGACGAUUUGCUGCAGCGUGAUCAGGAAGAUCCGGACGACGAAAGCUCCGCCCAGGAAGAUGACGUUUUCUACGACAGUGAUGGAGGCGAGAAGGAGGAAGAAAAUUGCAAACCCUGCCCGGUGGUGAAGCCUACGUUCCUCUGCGGAAGUGAUAACCGAACUUACUCGUCGCUAUGUCGGAUGGAGUAUCACAACUGUAUUCAUGGUAGCUUUGUCAAGGUGAACUGUAAGGGAUUCUGUCCGUGUAAAGAUACCAGCCUAGGGUCGGACCUGAAGAAGCAACAGCGGAUGGCCGACCGGAUGAACGCCUUCAAUGCCAAGUACCAGCGAACGAUCGAAAGCAACGACAUCAACGCCAACGGAGGAGGCAUGGACGGAAGCAGCAGUUCCUCCUCGUCGUCGAGUGCCAAUGGAAAGCAGAAGGAAGAAAAGAACCGUCAUUUCAAUCACAUUAAUUCACAGUACACGUUUACCCCGGAGGACAUCAAGUACGACAACAAGCACUACAAGUACAUAAAGUAUACUUCGUACAAGUCCAAGCCCCGCCAACAGCAGCAGCAGCAGCAACAGCAACCUCAGUACGAUUCGUUUGGACUGUCACAGGGAUCUUCGUCCUCGUCCCGUGCUAAUGAAGACAAGCACAAAAUUCGUGGCUACAAUGAAGUCCUCGAUAAACCAGUUAGCAAAUCCCCAAAGUUGUCCAACAAUGCUGCACGCUACCCGAUGAAAUCGAUUGAGUGCAAACCGCAGCAGCUGACCGCCAUCGGUAACCGGCUACUGGAUUGGUUCUCGGUCAUCAUGGCCGACAGCAAGAAACGCCGCCAGCACCAGCAGCAGAAGAACAAGGUCCAUUUCCCGGCCGCGUGCAAAUUGGAAGCCCGCUGGAUGUUUGGCCAUCUGGAUCUGAACAACGAUGGCGAAUUGUCCUCGCAGGAACUGUACGAUUUGGAACAUGACCAGAACGAACGCUGCAUCAAACCGUUCAUCGACACCUGCGAUCUGGAUCAGGACAAUACAAUCGAUCCACGGGAGUGGUGCCGUUGCUUCGAAAAGACCGACCGGCCUUGCGCUGCUGUACGAAGGCGUCUUGGUACCGAUUUGAAUGGUUCGGGAUACGCCCCGGAUUGCGACAGUCAAGGAUUCUACAAGCCUACUCAGUGCCACCAGGCAGUAGGCGUUUGCUGGUGUGUAGAUGAACACGGCGUGGAGUUCGCUAAUACACGUACUCGCGGAAAACCGAACUGCGACGAGAUAAUCAACAACGCGAACACGCUCAACACCGACGACGAGGAUGCCGAAGAUUCCGAAGAUGAUGAUGACAGCCAGGAAGGCAGUGCCGAUCGUCUGUUGGUUUUCUAAAGCGAACGAAGCGCCAUUUUCCUUCUGCCCCGCCGCAGAAGAAAAACUUUUUAGUCCCAUCAUCCCUCCUGGGCUUUCCAUACGGAGGUAUCAGCUUCCGGUUUUUCUUUUUUGUUCAUUUCUCGGUGCAAAGAGUUUCCGUUUCUAUUUGGAAUAACCGUUGAUUUUGGUAGUUGGCUUUUUUGUCAUAAUUUGCUUUUGAAUCAUUUUCUCCGUAUCUUGGAAACUUGUUGAUUGAUAUGUUUUUGUGCUGAAAACUUUGACGUUCAGUGCAUUCCCAUGUUUUGUUUCGAUGAUAUAAAAAGAAUCUUACAUGUCUUUCCCGUAUGGAAGCAGAGAAGAAGCGUAAAAACAUGAAAAUUAGAAAAGCAAACACUAAAACAUCCCCGUCCUUUAUUAGCGUCGUGAAUCUUAACUGUUAUUAAGUUUGUACUUUUGGAUAAAAAUGAUUGUGAAACACUAAUUAUUAGACGAGGAGAUAACUAAGGAAAAUUUUCGUCCGUAGGAUUAAAGGCAGAAUUUGGAUAGAAAUUUGUCAAUCAAGAAAUGAUACCUCUGAAUGGUGCUUGGUAGGCUUUUGCGUAGACAAGAUGUAGGAAUUUACCAACGAUUUUGAUCAAGGUAGCCUUGAACAUUCUUUAAAGUCUUAAGCCUACUGUAGCAUGCUUUGAUGAAAGAUUCUAUCGCAAUACAUACCAUGAACUAACGUACGACCUACUGAGGGAGGUAUGAACGAAUUUGGCUAGCUAAAGAAAAUGAACUUGAAUUUGUUUUGAUAUUAAUCGCGAUAUGUCCCAAAAUAAAACAGGAUCCCUUCCUCUAGUUUGUCAGCCGUGUAACAUUUAUGUUGUGUUAUCGUAUUAUGUAAGGAUGAAUACACUCUACUUAUAAGUGAAGAAAACAGACGUAAAAAUAUUGUUGUAAAAAGCCUUAUUUUUGCAAGUAAAGAUACAAUUCAAACUACUACUAGCAAAUAAAUAAAAAGAGAAAAUCGAAAACAAAAACACAACUUUCAUUAAUCGUAGUAGGUCAUCAGUAUUUAUACUAAUGUUAAGCAGCAAACGAAAGUCAGCCACUCUUGAUUCAAAAAAAAAUGCACCGCGCUUUGAGUGUUGGAAGGGUUAGCAAAGAGAAACAGAUGCAACACUAAUUGUGAUUGUUCUACAACUACACCACCACUACCACCAUCAAACCCAAUAGAUAAAAAUAUAGUUUAACAGUUGGAUUCACAUUGCACUGAUUUUGCAAACUGGACGCCGCCAUCUUGGACGAACGUUUCUUUUGGGUUAUCCUAGAAAAUGAUACAAAAAAAGCUUACUAGAAAAGUCGUCGCAAGCAAAAGUAGAAUCAAAGCAAGCAAAACAAGAAUGCCACUCGCGUAACCAUUUUAGUAGAUGAAUGAUAAGGAUAUAAGAAGGAAAUCGCUAACCCAGAAUUGGAAAGCAAGCCAACUAGAUGAAGAAAUUAAAACUCAACACCCUAAUUGGAUUAACAUUAAAUAGCUAAUAGGACAAUUAUACAACACAGGUCAAAAUAAGUCAACUCGCAAUUCGAACACAAGUGACAAAUUUAAGACAAAAAUCUCUGUGAAUUCUUUUGAUAUAAGUAAAAAAAAACUUCAUACUCAUCCACACGUAAGAAUGAAAACAGCUGAACAGCAAUUGGAUACAUUCGGAGUGAAUCAAUACAACAGCCAUGUGGCUUUGAAUAAGCGAAGAAACCGACAAUGUUUGACAAUUUAGUAAAUCUUAAGCAUUUUAAUGGAGGACGAGAAAUAAACAACAUCUGGUAAGGUA